CGGGGCAGCGGAACGCAGCGGAGGGACGGACAAGGUUUCCCAAAACUAAUAAAACAGCCUGCCAAACGGUGGAAUUUCGACCCCUUUUCUCUGAAAUAAAAGAAUUGUUUGGAUAUACCGUUUUGAAAGGAAUAAGUUCUUCUCGUCGUGUAAAGUGGGGUGUCCACAGUGGGUCCCCAUGCCCUCUCCUGUUAUUCCUGCUCGGCCUGCUGAGCCCACGGUCGGGCCUCCUCUGGGCUGCAGCUGAAGCGGGACAGCAGGGACUGGACGGUGGUUUCGGAGCCCGCGGCGGCGGAGGUGGGUCGUCACAGGGCCCAGGACCCCCCCCCCUACAGCAGGCGGACAAAAGGCCUGCUCUGUCCUCUGCCACAGGAAAAUGAACAGACUGAGCUUCCAUAAUAACAAAACAAUGCAGGACCGCCGCUGCGUCUGUGUCUUUUUGCCCAAUGAUGACACUCUUAAUAUUAUCGUCAAUGUGAAGACUUUGUGCCAGGAACUGUUGGUCCAGGUCUGCGACCUUCUCCGGCUGAAGGACUGUCAUCUCUUUGGGCUCAGCGUCAUUCAGAAUAAUGAACACAUCUAUAUGGCGUUGGAUCAGAAGCUGUCCAAAUACUGCCCUAAGGAGUGGAAGAGAGAAGCAAGCAAGGGUAUUGACCAGUUCGGGCCUCCAAUGAUCAUUCACUUCAGAGCUCAGUAUUAUGUGGAAAAUGGGAGAUUGAUCAGCGACCGCGUAGCCAGGUACUACUACUACUGGCACCUGAGGAAACAGGUGCUGCUCUCCCAGUGCAUCCAAAGAGAGGAGGCCUACUUCCUCCUGGCAGCCUUCGCGCUCCAGGCCGACCUCGGGAAUUUUAAACGCAACAAGCACUUUGGGAAGUACUUUGAACCUGAAGCCUACUUCCCCCAAUGGGUGAUAGCCAAGCGUGGCAGGGAAUACAUCCUGAGGCAUAUUCCUAACAUGCACAAAGACCAGUUUGCACUCACAGCUUCAGAGGCGCACCUCAAGUACAUUAAAGAGUGCGCUCAGCUAGACGAUGUCACGGUGCACUACUACAGGCUGUACAAGGAUAAAAAAGAAGUUGAAGCGUCUCUGACGUUGGGCCUCACUCUACGUGGGAUCCAGAUAUUUCAGAACGUCGGCUCUGUGAGGCAGCUGCUAUACGACUUCCCCUGGACCAAUGUGGGCAAACUGGUUUUUGUGGGAAAAAAGUUUGAAAAUUUUUAUGGUAGCAAACAUAUUUACAAAAAAUAUCUUAAAAAUGUCUGUGUUGAUCCUUCUUCAGAGAAGAAGCAGUACCGGGAGUCGUACAUCAGCGAUGCUUUGGAGCUGGACAUGGAGCAGCUGGACAAGCGAUCCAGAGCCAGCGGCAGCAGUGCGGGCAGCAUGUCCCACCACAAUCGUCUGUCACGCCACUCCACAACCAGCCACGGAAGCUCACACACAUCCGGUAUUGAAACAGAUAGCUUCAGGGCCCCCGGCCAGGCUCCUCACAGACCUCUACGGACCUGCAGCUCAUCAACCACCAGCCAUGAAAGCUCCCACACCUCCGGCAUUGAAAGC